AUGCAGGAGGAGCAAGGGAAGGCAGAUCUUUACGGAGACAUAGCUGUGCCAACCGUGCCGGGGAUGUCGUACAGCUACUUGAGUUACAACCUCCUUCUGGCAGGCAACAGUGUGUUCAUCUCCGGCAGCCCCAGCGUCGGAAAAUCGAUGAUAGUGUCCUCAGCUCAACAGUCGCUGGCCGUCCUGCAGAAGUGGAUGACAGUAGGCACCAUUCUCAGCCGCCAAGUUGGCUCUUCAGAGAUGCGGACGGCGCUGGUAGCAGCGGCGCUUCAGUGUCGACCCGGCCGGCGUCUCUUCGCAGGGCAGAUGCUGAUCCGUAUCGAGGAUCUCAAUUUGCCCCGCCUUGGCGCCCUGGAGCUGCUACGCGGAUUUGUUGACCAGCGCGGACUUCGAAACAGCAAGGACGACUCCUGGCUUCGUGGCGAAGGGAUCCAUCUGGUGGCUAGCAGCGCUGCGCCAGGGCUCACCGGCCAAGGAGCUGAGCCGGGACCUCCAGGCUCCCAGAGUGGGCUCCUAAUGCCUCGCCUGGCACGGCACUUUGUGGAGCUCUUUGUCCCGGAGCCGGCGGAGGAAGAUGUCAAGAAGAUUUUCAUGGAAGUUUCCCGACAGAUAUUGCAGGUAGACGGUGCCGGCGAUGGCCUCGUCGCUGCCUUCUCCGCUCACCAGGAAGGCUCGAGCUCUGCGCGCCGAUACAAAGUCGAGGAUGCACUAGCACUGGCCACCCUUCAUCUGUCGAAGCUGAUGAAGGAUGUCUUGCGACAACAUGCACCUGCGAGGUUGGGCAUCACGAGUCUCAGGGACGUGGCCCGGCUACUGCAAGGCGUGGCACGAGCAGCCCCGCAACACUUUACUGAGAAGAUUCAACUGGCAAAGCUUUGGGCACAUGAGGCACUGCGGACCUUCGAAGACCGCAUCAUAACAGACGCAGGUCAGCGUCGCUUUCGGGAAGUUCUCUCACAGCAGCUGGAGACCUACUUCAGCAUGGAGCCAGCUUUGGAAGGCCUCUCCUUCCGCUUGGACACGAGAUCUGGGCGAUACGUCGACUCAGACUGCCAGGAAACCAGGCUUCUUGACAGCUUGACGGAGAUCUUGCAUGACCUGAACGGGAAGACGGCCGAGAAAGGCGUUGCAAUACCGUUUCGGCCUUUCGGCGACCUCUUGCAGCAUGCGCUGCGCAUGGCCCGUGUGCUGCUGAUGCCUUCUGGCCACAUGCUUUGCAUCGGUCCAGCAAAUUCUGGCCGGAGGACAGCCUGCUUAGUCGGAGCUCGGCUGGCAAAUGCUGAAGCCACCGACGUGGUGUCGAAGCUGGCGUUGAGGCCCCCCGCAGAUGUCGAGGAAGAGUUCUUCGCGAUUCUCCGAAACAGCAUGAUCCGUGCAGCCACAUUGGGUGAGCGACAGCUGUUGGUGCUUCAGCUGGUCAAUGGCAUCCUGCCGUGGGAGGCUCUCUUGGAGCGCUUUCUGGACACGUUUCACACCAUCGCUCGUCACGGAGAUGUGCAGGGAGCCUGGACGUCAGAGCAGCAGGAGGUCGCCCUCAAAGCGCUGGCCAAUGAUGAGAACUUUCUUCAGGAGUCGCAGCACCUCGGUCGCUGGCUCGCCUUCGUCCAGUUCUCACGCAAAGCGCUACACACCGUGCUUGUAGCACAGAACACCGACUGGGCCGUCACACGUCCAGGGUACCUGACCUGUGUCCACGUCGAUUGCUACGCGCCACUGGCAGAGGAGGCGUUGAUCGGCGUAGCGUCCAUGAUGACAGGUAUUGACCGGGACAUGUCGCACAAGGAUUCCAACUUCAGCACGCUGCAGGUGGCAGAGGCGGUCUCCGAUUGCAAGGAGCAAAGCGACUUCGUACACGGGAAUGAGCCCUUCUGCAUGAACAUUUGCUCUGGGUUGGACGGGCUUCCCGGCAUCUUCGAGCUGGUGCCGAAGGUUGCGACUGGCCAUGUGCCUGCAAUGGGCGACUUCAUCGACCUUGUGCAUGGCUUCGUUCUGAGCUGCACGGCUGCGAUUGCCAAAUCUCGAGCCUUGCGUGAGCGGCUGCUCCGCGUCAGUGAAUCGCUUCUGCAGGUCAUCCAUGUCGUUGAGGAGUUUCUGGGCCCAGUCAAGGAGUGGCUUGACAAGCGGCGCUUGCUGCGGGACGAGGCUGCGAAGCUGGCGCUGCAGAUCACCGAAGCGCAAGCCGAGGUCGGCCGGAAUCAGCUGGUCGUCGACCAGGACUCGGAAGCUCUGGACCUUUCGGAGCGGCGUCUUCGGCAUGCUGUCAAGGAAGUGGGCGAAAUUUCAUCAGAAAUUGACGAGGCGAUGUUCUCAUAUGAGGCCAGUGCCGAGUUGCUGGCAGGGGUUAUGACGCCAGCAAACAUCACCAUGCUCAACAACGCAGAGCAGGAGAGCUUCCUGAUCCAAGUCACACUCGGAUGCCUUUCAAGCGCCCUGGGUCUGCCAGAUGAGCGGGGCAGAUGGAUUCUGCCCAAUGAUGGGUCCACGCCAGCCCUCAUCCGCCAGCUGGACGUGGACACUGUUCCGAGGGAUGCUAUGGCCGAAAUGGACGGACUGGAUUUGAGAGCAUGGGAGAGAAAGGUGGAGGUGCCACCAAGAUUGCAGAGCCUUCCCAACACAGGCGGUCAAGACCCGGGCAAGACCGAAGACACAAAUCGGGCCAUCGCAAUCGCCGAGGUGAUUGCGACCUUUGGCCAAGCGCUGUCCCAGGUAUCCAGGCUCCGUCGUCGCCUGGGCCAAGUUGGAAAUGCCAAAUGGGAGGAGGAGACGACUUUGGAACAAGCACGAUCCAAAUUGGAAGAGUCGCGUGUGGUGUUGGGCCAGAGCCAAGACGAGCUAGACAACCUGAAGGUCCAGGCACGAGAGACAAAGCUCCGACUUCGCGAUGCGGAGGGCUUCAUCGGCGAAAAUGCCGAGAUCGUUGCCCGAGCAGAACGCUUCUCUGCGCCAGCGGAGCGGUUGUUGCAGGCCAUGGAUCAAGCUCGCCGGGCGCAGGAGCUCGACUUCGAAAGCAUUCCGCAGCGCUCAGCCGUACUUGCGGCAGCAGCUGCUUUCGCUGGGCCGCUGAGCCAUCAGGACCGUCAACAGUUUCUCGACAGGCUGAUGGACCACCUUGCGGGGCGGAAGCUGCCUCUCGAACGGACCUGCUUCGCUGCAGAGCUGGCAACAGAGGCGGUGUUUCGCAACUGGAUUCACCGAGGCCUUCCAGGCUGCCCUGAAAGUCGCGAAAGUUCCGGGCUUGCGAAGGUGGUUUGGAAUUGGCCGUUCUUUCUGGACCCGCACCAGCAAGCGCAUGCAUGGCUCCUCCGGGAGCUUGCGACGGCAUCCCAGGUCUUCAUCACUAAGGCUUCAGAUCCGGAAAUCUGUCAGAAAAUUGAGCGUGCUAUCUGCGCCGAGUGCAAAAUCGUCAUUACAGGCUGCGGUGCUGCACCUCCGACUCCCCUGCCGAGGAAGCCACGCCCGAGCAAAGGCUCACUCGUUGCGGAUCUGGAGGAGGUCGCCGCUCCUGCCGAGCCUACCACCGGCCCUGUCAAGGGCUUUCGACGCAUGUCGCAGCGCAAGAUGAGCUCUUUGAUGCCCUCGACCAGUGCUACUCCUUCGGGACCGUCAGCAACCAACAUCUACCUGAUCUCCAUGCUUUCGUCUCCGGCAGAUCUACCUCCGAUAACGCUUGCAACCUGCUCGGUUGUCAAUUGUACAUUGACUCGCGACGGGCUGACACAGCGCCUCCUGGACGGGAUCGUGCGUGCCGAGGUGCCGAGCCUGCACCAAGAGUUGCAGAGGCUUUACCAAGCAAGACCCUGGGAUGAAGCGAACAUGCGGAAAGCCGAGGAGCAGCUGUUGAAGACCCUGUCCGAGCACAAGGGGUCCAUCCUCUCUGGAGACGCCGUAGUCUUGGGCCUUACGGCUAUGGAAGAGGCACGGAACAAGUUCGAUGCUGUUCGAUCCCGUCAUGCUGCGGCGCUGAAGGAAGCGAAGUCUUCUCUCCAGCGCCUCAGUCGCCUGGUCAGACCUUUGGCCCUACUUCUUGAGUCGGCGGAGGCAAUCGCCAAGCUGAGCUGGUUGUACCAGCCAUGUGUGACCCAGGUCUGCGUCGAAGCUGUCAAGGCUCUAGCUGUCGCAUCUGAGCAGUCUGCUACGCUGGAGGAGGUAGUGGACGACGACUGCAUGGAGAAGGAUGAUCGCGAAGCAGCCAUUGAAGCUCUGGGCACUGCAGCCUUGUGUCAGGUGUUCAGAUUUCUCGCGAGCUGCCUGGACACUCCACACCGACUGCCGUUUGCUUUUCUCUGUGCUGUGUCCCUGGCUCGCCAUUGCCAUGACACCCUCGAGGAAAACCAGCUGGAGCUGUUUUGGAAGGGUCGCAGCGCUGUGGAGCAUCUCACCACGAAGUUGAAUGCCGAGCGGCAGAAGCUGUCUACAGCAAGGGAGAGCCAGGCACCACUGAAGCUGAUCAACCCCAAGUUGAUCAAGUCCUCGCCGGACCAGAAGCUUAUCCCAGGCAUCGCCGCUCGCAUUGAGACGUGGGUGCAACGUUGGCUUGGAGAUGUUGAGGUCCAUCUGGAGCUGAGGUCCAGGCUAGAGGCGAUCAGUCGUUUGAUGAAAGGGGACAGUGCUCGCACAUCGGCCGAUGCGGAGCUUCUUCGUCGGAAUGCAGCCAUGGCUGCCUGCAGGAAGGCUUCGCGGUGGCCUUACACUUUGCAUCUCCUCCAUCGCCCGCCGUUGCCGGACGUGGUGAGCUUCAACACCGCCAUCAUUGCUUGCAACUCCCGACUGCGUUGGCCACGCGCCGUUGACCUCCUUGGCAGCCUGGAGAUGCACAGCCUGCAGACCGACGUUAUUGGACUCAAUUCUGGGAUUAGCGCAGCCGCGGCAGAUCAGGCCUGGCGCCGGCCUCUGUCUUUGCUCCAAAGUUUCGGCGCCCGACAACUCGCAGCCUCGGCAUUCACCAGCAGUGCUGCGACCUCUGCCUGCGCUGUGGCAUCCCAGUGGCAGGCAGCUCUUCAAGUGCCUGAAGCCUUGGCCGUCUGCAGGGUGGCGCAUACAGCAGAGAGUCUCAAUGCUGCACUGUCCGGCUGUGGCAAGGUUGGUGCCUGGGGCAAAGCCCUCGCCUUGGUCUCUGCGCUGAGGUGCCUUGUGCUGAAGCCCGACAAUACAACCUGCAAUACAUCUAUCACGGCGUGUGCCGUGGGUUCUGCUUGGCUGGUGGCUCUCUCCCUCAUGAAGAACAUGCAGCACAGGCAUCUGCUGCCUACAGCCAGGACCACUGUGGCGACACUGGGCAGCCUGGGGCUGUUCUGGGCGCAGGCUUCUCUGCUCAUGGAGGAUCGAUCUGGCUGCGGCGUUGACGAGAUCACGGCCAGCGCAGCAGCGGCCAAGCUUCCCUGGCCGAAUGCUCUGUCGGCCAUCGCGACACUUCCGUGGUCGCAGCUUCGCCCUGAUCUUGUAUGCUGGAAUUCAGUGCUGGCGGCUUGUGCCGAAAGCUUUCAAUGGGCACUUGCAUCCUCAGUCCUCCAGGAGUCAGAGUUUGCAUGGGAUGUGGCAAGCUUUGGUGCGAGCAUCAAAGCUGCUGGCAAGGCCAGCCAAUGGCAGCAAGCGCUGCAGCUUGGAGAAUCAGGUCUGGCCACGAGCACCGACAUUGCGUUCUUCAACACUCUUCUCAGUGCAUUUGAGCGCAGCAGCCAGUGGCAGCGGUCGCUCGAGCUGUUUAUCUCCAUGGGCACCCACGUAAACCAGGUGAGCUGCACCACAGUGUUCUCUGCCUUGAUGAACUCUGGCCAAUGGCGUGCAGCGAUGCAUUUUGUGGACUCGGUGCCGAAGGCCUCGCUUUCGGAUGCUGCGGCUCGAGGUUUGCAGCUGUCCGCUCUCUACCAACAGAGUCAGUGGGAGAUGGUGCUCUUCCUUUCGCAGGAAGCUUACCGGAAGGACGCUCGGCAAGACUUGCUCGGCUCGAACGUGGUCCUGGCCUCCUGCGAGGAGGGCUCUCUUUGGCGGCUGUCGCUGACAAUCCUGCACGCCAUGCCAGCUGUGGAGGUUCUUCCAGAUGUCUACAGCUUCAGUGCAGCACUCGGCGCAUGUGCCAAAGCAGGCAUGUGGGAGCACGCCGUCUCGCUUCUGGGAGACAUGAAAGGCGCACUGGUGACACCCAACGAUGUCAGCUACAACUCUGCCAUCAGCAGCUGUGCAGAUGUCGGAAAGUGGCGCGUGGCACUGCAGCUCCUGGAAGAGCUGCCUGGAGAGCUGGUGCGGACUGAUGCCAUUUCCUUCAGCUCUGCCAUCACAUCCUGCGGACAAGCCGGUGAGUGGCAGCGAGCUCUGGUCCUCCUGGCAUCUAUGCCGCAGGCAGCCGUGGAACCAAAUCAGCUCUGUCUCAGCGCCGGCAUUUUCGCAGCGGCAAAUGCGUGUGAAUGGGAGAUCGCCUUGGCAUUGCUACAGAACAUCUCGGGGACCAGGAUGUCUCCUGAUGGAGUCAGUUGGAGCACUGCAAUUUCUGCCUGUGAGAAGAGUAGCCGAUGGCAGCUGGCCUCCUACCUUCUCGUAUCCAUGUCAAACGCAGACGUAUCGCCGGAUGAGUACAGCUUCAACUCGGCCAUUGCGGCAUGUGAGCGCGUUUGCAGGGUGCGUGCGGACAGCUUCGACUGA